AUUCUCCCCCACCUACCACCCGACUGAAACUGGCCCAGCCAGUCACCAGUGACCACCACAACUCCCAACAAUCCCAAAUAAACAUAGCAUUAUAUUUUCAUUUCCACGCAGAGCCACUCUUCUCUCUCUCUCUCUGGUUUCGAUCGGGUGGCAAUCGUGGUAAAUAUUGGGUGGGUUCGGAGUAUCGUCUUCGUAAAACCAUGUUUUUGUUCGAUUGGUUCUACGGAGUUCUAGCGUCGCUGGGGCUGUGGCAAAAGGAGGCCAAGAUCUUGUUCUUGGGUCUUGAUAAUGCCGGGAAAACGACGUUGCUUCAUAUGCUCAAAGAUGAGAGAUUAGUUCAACACCAGCCAACACAGUAUCCAACGUCAGAAGAAUUGAGUAUUGGGCAAAUCAAAUUCAAGGCUUUUGAUUUGGGAGGACACCAGAUAGCUCGUAGAGUUUGGAAAGAUUACUAUGCCAAGGUGGAUGCAGUUGUCUACUUAGUGGAUGCUUAUGACAAGGAGAGAUUUGCCGAGUCAAAAAAAGAGUUGGAUGCUCUCCUCUCUGAUGAGGCCUUGGCAAAUGUUCCAUUCCUUAUUCUUGGCAAUAAGAUUGAUAUACCAUAUGCUGCCUCAGAGGAAGAAUUGCGUUUCCACCUGGGCCUAACCAACUUCACCACAGGUAAGGGUAAGGUUAACCUGGCAGACUCGAAUGUCCGCCCUCUUGAGGUUUUCAUGUGUAGUAUUGUUCGGAAAAUGGGUUACGGAGAUGGUUUCAAAUGGCUUUCCCAGUACAUUAAGUAGUAGGCCUUAGAAGUGAAGAUUUGUCAUCUUAUUUCUAUAUGUUAUUUCCUACAAAAUGGAGCUGGACUUCUUGUCAGUUAAAAAAUUACUGUUGGAGAUAUAUUCCACAUGUUUCCUUUUGUGUUCCUUUGUUUAUGGUGAAUCCACAAAGAUAGCUCUCAACAUGAAAAGUAAUUUUGAUGAUUUGUGCUCUGAUAGAGGGGAGCAGGGCAUUUUAGAGACGAGGAAACCCCAUUUUUCUGUUAUGUAAUUCAGGAAUGAGUUCCAAAUUCUACUCAA